AUGCAAGAAGACCUAAAGAAACUGUAUCAGGCUUCUCCUCAGCCAUCGCUCUGGAGGAAUGAACCAAAGAAGGUUCUAGAUAAUGAGGCUGGUGAUGAAGGUCAUGUCACACAUGAUGUCAGUGACAACCCUAACUGUGAGGUUGAAACAGUAGACCUGGUGGAAUUUUCUGAUAAUGAGUUGUUGUCCUCUGUCCUCCCUAGCAUAGCCAAAAGGGUUAGGACUAGGAGAGAAAAGAAAACUGUGGCUCAAAGCUCCCCCAAAAAGAAGUUUGAUAUUCCAACCUCUUCCAAGAUAACGGUGGCAGUCGAGAGUUCCCUCAAGAGGAAAGUUCAUGGUCCAACCAAAUCUUGGAGCAAAGGGGUGCCCAAGAAAAAGAAGACCAAGUCUGUUGUUGUUGAGUCUGACUCAGAUGUUCUGUGGAAAUAUGUUUAUCAGAAGAGGCUGGCUUUGGAAAGGGAAUUAGCUCAGGAUGUCCUGGACUGUAAGGAUAUUAUGGACCUUAUUCAAGAGGUUGGUUUAAUGAAGAUUGUGACUCAGUUCUCAAAGUGCUAUGAGAUGUUGGUGAAGGAAUUUAUUGUUAAUUUGUCUGAAGAAUGUGCUGAUGGCAAGUCUAAGGAAUUCAGGAAAGUGUAUGUGAGAGGCAAGUGUGUAAAUUUCUCUCCCUUAGUGAUCAACAAGUAUUUGGGAAGGCCUGAUGUAGCUCAACCUGAGCUUGAGAUUGGAGCUGCUAACUGGGUGCCCACCAAUCAUAAAACUAUAGUUGCUGUAAUGCUUGGAAAGUUUAUAUAUGUUGUUGGAACCAAAGCCAAUUUUGACUAUGGCUCAUAUAUUUUUGAUCAAACUUUGAAGCAUGCAGGAAGCUUCAGUGUGAAGGGUCCUAUAGCCUUUCCUUCUCUCAUCUGUGGUAUUGUUUUGAAUCAGUUUCCAAACAUCUUAACAGAGAAUAAUUCUGUGAAGAAAAGAGACAACCCUAUGUCCUUCGAUCAUAAGCUAUUCCUAGGUACCCAUGUCCCUGACAUUGUCAUGACAACAGGUGAGACAUCACGUGUCAGCAAACAAUCAGGUAAAGUUGUUGUCAUUGCAAUGCUCAAAGAAACUUGCAGGGAGUUAGAGGCAAGGAAGUUGAACUUGGAAAAAUUGAUCAGCACUUUGGAGAUGACUGAAGGUGAUGUGCUUGGUGAAGCUGCUGCUAUUGCAGAAGAAGCUGAAAGACAAGGUGAAGAGGGAGAAACAGAUGCCAGUCCUGAUGAUGGCACAGAUGAUGAUGCUGACUCUGAGUCAAAUGACUAG